AUGUGGAAUUACCUAUUUGGCGGAAACAAGCAACAGAAGAAGGAGUAUCCGAAGAAGGCCAUUGUUGAGUUACGUGAGCACAUCCAGAUGUUGAAUAAGAAGCGUUCACAUUUGGAGCUGCAGAUUGCGGACCAGGAUGCUUUAGCACGGAAAUAUAUCACUACCAACAAGGCAUUGGCCAAGAAUGCGUUGAAGAGAAAGAAGGGCUACGAGGCAAACUUGAUGAAGAUAGAGAACCAGAUCGACUCGUUGGAGACGCAACUCACUUCGAUUGAGGGCGCAAACUUGAACUUGGAAACUAUGAAGGCCAUGAAGCAAGGUGCACAAGCCAUGAAGCAAAUCCACGGAGAAUACGACGUGGACAAGGUCGAGAAUACGAUGGACGACAUCAGAGAACAGGUCGAGUUGGCGGACGAGAUAUCCGAAGCCAUAUCAAGACCGGUGGGCACAGAAUUUGUCGACGAGGACGAAUUGGACGAGGAGCUCGCCAUGUUACAAGAAGAAGAAAAAGAACACAAACAGCAAACUCCUGCCCAAAAGGCCCCUGUCGCCAAGGUGUCGGCCCCAGAAGAAGAAAUGCCAGACUUCCCUACCGUCAACAAGAACAAGCCUGCGGCUUCCACCGAAGACGACGAGGACGAGGAAGCUUUGAAGGCAUUACAAGCAGAAAUGGGUCUUUAA